AUAUGCUCAAUUCCGGACAGAAGCAUAUGAAGUAACGACUUCAUUCUCAUACAUGACUAGUUAUUCAACUUUCAAAAGUUACAAACAGAAAUAAAGCAUGGCUGCAGCAGAUCAGCCUACCGAUAUUCAAGAUGCAAGACCUGCAUCACUAACAAUCCCCGAAGAGCCCUACAGUAUCUUUGACAAGCGACAGAAACUGUUGAUCGUGCUCAUCGUCUCAACCGCCGGAACUUUCUCCGGAUUCGCAUCCAACAUCUACUUCCCUGCGCUCCCCACCAUCUCCCACGACCUCAGCGUCUCAGUGGAGCUCGUCAACCUCACGGUGACAUCGUACCUGAUCUUCCAAGGCGUCGCGCCCAGCCUCUGGGGGCCCAUCUCCGAUGUCCGGGGCCGGCGCAUCGCGUACUGCUGCACCUUUCUCGUCUUCCUCGGCGCCUGCGUCGGGCUCGCGGAGACGCGGAACUACGCCACGCUGAUCGUGCUGCGCUGCCUGCAGAGCACGGGCAGCGCGAGCACGGUGGCGAUCGGGUCCGGCGUCAUCGGAGACAUCACGACGCGCGCGGACCGCGGGGGGUUCAUGGGGAUCUUCCAGGCUGGGCUGCUCGUGCCUGUUGCGAUUGGCCCGGUGAUUGGGGGUGCGUUGGCGAGAUCGUUGGGGUGGAGGGCGAUAUUCGUGUUCUUGGCCAUCUACAGCGGCGCUUUUCUGCUGCUGUUGAUUGUGCUGCUUCCCGAGACUUUGAGGUCGAUUGUGGCGAAUGGCGGGCGUGCGACAUCAUCCAACCUCAUGGUGAGAUACCCCCUGGUUGUCUAUCAUAAAACCACACGAGUCAAGUGGAACCGGGAAGCAGCUCCCGCACAACCUGCAGCGAGAAAUCGCAUUGAUGUUACCGGCCCGUUCCGCAUCCUCGUCAGCAAGCAGGCGUCUCCCAUCAUCAUCUUCAUCGCCCUGUACUACGCCGUCUGGCAGAUGAGCAUCACCGCCAUGUCCACCUUAUUCGAGGACCGCUAUGGCCUUGGCGAGACCCAAAUCGGGCUCACAUUCAUUGCGAACGGGGUAGGCUCCAUGAUAGGCACGUUCGUGACAGGGAAGAUCCUCGAUAUCGACUACCGCCGGGUCAAGGCCAAAUACGAGAGUCAACUAAGCCCCUCUGACGCCGAGGCGGGCGGAAGAGGCGAUUCGCUUCCAGCUGCUGCUCGAAAAGACGCAGACGACGGUUUCCCGCUUGAAAAAGCACGGCUCAGACUCAUCCCCGUCUUCUCCCUAAUCCAGUGCCUGUCCAUCCUCCUCUUCGGCUGGACGAUCCAGUACCCCGAGCACGUCCACAUCGCCGUUCCCAUCGUGUCGACCUUCGUCACCGGCUGGACCGCCGUGUCCACGCAGUCAGUCGUGACGACGUACCUCGUGGAUCUAUUCUCUGACAGGAGCGCUGCCGCAAGCGCGAGUCUAAAUCUCGCGAAGUGUCUCCUGGCUGCUGCUGGUACUAGCGUCGUGAUGCCGAUGGUAAAUGGCAUUGGGGUUGGGCUGGCUUUUACGAUAUGUGCUGUCCUCCAGGGCCUGGGGCUGUUGGGUGUGGCUGUGUUCGUGAUCAAACGGGGGAGAGAGAAAGGAAGGAAGAGGCGGGUGGAAGUUUGAUAUAGGAGAAGGCUGCCAAUCAUGUUAUUGGAUUUCACAUUUCACUCCGUUACGGGAUAGGGCAUAUCAUGAUAGAAGCAAUCGCGCCUAACUAAUAGAGAACUCUAGUCUUUUUUUUUUUCGGUCUUUUGGAUCUUAUGGGCGCCAUGAAGUUGUCUGAGGAUUAGAUACAUAGGUGCCUACAAAGUAUUCAAUGUAUCAAUCUCCUACUCCUACUUCCCCAAUAUUAUCAUCCC